AGGCAACAGCCGUCAACACGGCGCGGAGCGGCAGGAGCUCGGCGCUGCUCUGCUAGGCCUGCAGGCGGGGCCGGGCCCGGGGUCCCUGCCCUCAGCUCGGCCCGGCCGCAACGCAGAUGAGCGAGGCGGGAAACGAAGCGGCUCGGCGAGAGCGCCGCGGGCGACCCUGCAGGCACUGAAUGGCUGAGCUGCAGGUGGCUUUGUUUCCGUACGUGGAUCCUGUGGUGGCAGCUGCUAAGCUCCCAGUGACAGACAGUUAUGAUUCUGAAGUCUCAGUACAUCAGUACCCUCUGGAACACCUAAAAAACAGUUGUCAGCGUGAAUUCCUAUCAGACAAAGAGGAAGGCCUGAAGAAUCCCCUUGCCCGAAAGAGCCGAAGCUAUUCAUAUUCUCUUUCUGCAGAAAGCAAUAAGCACAGCUCCCAGCAUGGAGGCUCCAGCUCAGCUGGGCUGCAAAACAAGCAUCUUGCCAGCCAGGUCAAGACUCUGCCCUCUAAAUCAGUAGCCAAACGGAAAGAAGGAGUGGAUCGUUCCUGUCCUCUGAAACCAAUUUUUCACCACAACACUGGGAGCCUUCCUGCAGUCAACACAGGACAGCUUGGAAGUUCCCCAAACAUGGAGGAAGCUCUGAAUAGUAAGACUAGCUCAAAGAGCAAAGGAAGGCAUCUGCCAGGGAAGCCUCAGCUGGCUGCAGUGCUCCCUCCUUGGACAGCAGAGCCUAAACAGUCAGACUCCUCUCUAUACAGGAGAGAUCUAGCUUAUAUCCUAAGGCUGGAGGCAGAUGGACAGACCCUGGAAAAGGAAAUCCGAAAGAAAGAGGCCCUUCUCAGGGAGAAGCUGAGGAGAACAAAGGAGGAGCUUAGGAGGAUUCAAAGAGAGAAGGAGCUGAUGGAGGCAGAGGAGAGAAGAGCCAGAGCAGUGGAGAGGACUCGCAGGCAAAAGGCCGUGUGGCAGCCUGGAGAGGAAAAUAUAAGAUUUACCAUCAGGAUGGAUGAUGGGGACUUUAGUGGGGUGCAGUCUGCAGAGGUCACUGUCCCAAAGACUGGCACUACUCUCCAUCCCCAAGAGCUGGCUAUGGGGAAACUGAAGAAGGAACGGUUGGUGGCCAGCAACAACAAAAUUCGAGACCGCAUACCGGUAGAGGAUUUAGCUUCGUGCUCAGAGCUGGCCUUAAAACAUGGCCCUUCUUCCUCUGCUCUCUCAGACUGUGGUGACCGCCUGCCUGCAGAGAUGCUGUACAUGCAGGCUGCCAGCCCCACGGAGCAGGGGGAGCUUGGAAAGUGCAGCUUCUGUGGCCGCAAGUUUCUCUGCGCCAGGCUCAAGAAACACAUGAGUAUCUGCAGCAAGAGCCAAGGCUCUAAGAGGAAAACAUUUGACUCCAGUAAGGCCAGAGCCAGGGGCACAGACCUGGAAGAGUUUCAGCAGUGGAAGAGCUCAGAGAGACCUCAGCAGGUGAGCUCAACAGGAAGACCAGUUCUACGCUGUAAGGAUGUCACUGUUCAGUCUGCUGAGCAGGGAAGAAAGAUUCUUGCUACAGGCUGACAGCAUGAAGCAAAGGAGCAAACCAGCCAUCAGAAAGGUCCUUAAGAAUCGUUCUUGUAGGCUGCAGAGACUUGGCCUUUUUUCAUUGAAAAUAAUUUCUCUGAUGUGGAGAUAACUGCUCUCCUUAAGCUCAUCAGUGGCUGCAGGCUUUUAUUUUUCUUCCAUAAAAGCAAAAAGGAGGGCUGUGUAUGAGACAAACAGCUGGACCAAAGAGAGCAUUUGCCUUUUGUAUGCUUUGUUGCUCUGUAAAUGCAGGUGUUCACUUCUGAACAUGUUAACAGCAACAGUGGUUCUGGCUGCCAUAGUCCUUCUAUUUUAAUUACCUGCAAGAACUGGGAAGUGUGGAGUUCCCCUUUUUUUUUUUUUUUUUUGUUUUCAUAGAACAGACUCUGCAUUCUACAGUACCAUUUAGCACUUAGGGCUUUUGGGAAGCACCAGACACAGACUGCUGUGUUUACCCUCCUCUGUCUAUGACAGACAACAGGAUCCAGAGCUACUUCUCGAUCAUUUCUCUUGCUUUUUCUCACUUGUUGCAGUGCUGUUCAGUUGAAUAAUGAAAGCUGCAAAGGCAGGCUUAUUCUGCACUUGUUCUGCAUCAGCCCAAGUUUUACUCAGAUGAUUUUCUGGAACAUCGAUGACAACCCUGGGACCAUUUCCUACCAGCAGAAUUGUGUAACAUACUACCAUUUAGAAAUCAGGCAUCGUUCAGACAUAAAAACUGAUGAUGUUAUUUAAUUAGGAGAAUUGGAAACUAUAUUAUUAAAUACUUCCUCAACAUGUGAACCUCAGGCUCAGAAAUUCAUGGGGGUAGAAGAGCUAGCAGUAGCAUUUACUGUGCAGGUCUGUAUGCCAAUUCACAUACAUAGGACAGCAGAGGUGCUCUGAACUGGCCAGGCCCUUGAGGCAGCAGAAUAGCCAUGUCAAAGUGAUUACUUACUGUGUACAAUAACUGGGACUCAGACUUGGGAAAGGAAAAGAAUAAACAUUCAAUUAAAGAAUAAUGCCACACAAGAUCAAAAAAUAGGCCCUGAAUAAGCUUAGACUGGAAAUUAGUUUUCUAAUCAGGAGAAGAGUGAGGUCAUGGAAAAAUCUUCCAACGAGGUUAGCAGAGGCAAGGAACCUACAUUGUUUCAAGAUGGACUUUGAGAAGAUCGCUGAAGGGACUGUACUGCAGGAGUCAGAAACAAAUGCUCUCUAUUGCAGUCCUUCAUUUCCAUCUUCAGGCUUGUGAUGAAAAGUGCAAACAACACACCAGCCAUAGUUCUGUACUUCAGUGCAUCACUUUCAGGAGCAGAGAAGGAAUUUCCACAGCCGCCUCCCCCUGAUUCCUAACAUAGCUUCUAAUUACUUUCCAUCUAAAACAUUCAAGAACAGCUACAGCUAAAAACAAAUACAGUAAUAAAAUAACCAAGCAAUACGCUAAGGAACUUCACAACAGGCAGCAUAAUAGGUGAAUCAACAACUAGAUUUAAUAUCAAAAAGAUGGAGUUUUCUUGCAGGCCAAGGUAAUAGGGAUCUCUGAAACCCAGGGCUUUAACCCUUCUUUAAGUCCUCUAUUUGUUUCCAUCUUGGAUGCUGCAAUUGUAGGGCAUCGUGACAAAAAUAUACCCCUUCUUGAGGGAGGUGCAAGGGAGUUGUUGGUUAUUUUGGCCUUAUGCUGAAGGGCUUAGUUUGUCACACACUAUUAAAGGGUCUUUAGGGCGAAUGGAUGUCCUACAGACUUACAGAAAGGCAUCUGCUCCAAACUGGUAACAGUUGCUGCAUAUUUGUCUAUUUUUCCAGAUUCUGAUUUUCAGACUAGUCUAAUAUUAGACUAUUUCUGUUUUGUAAAGAGUUGUUUUAAAUGGUCACAGAGUGUUUUUUGUUCUCCAAGUAAGAACGGCUACUUUGUAUGAGAAAGUUGCAACAGGAAGCAAACAAGCAACAAAAAAAAGGUCCAGCAGCUCCUUUUGCAAACCCUUCAGCAAUGCAGUGCCAGCUCCUCACAGGAGCCUGAAGGAAAAACAAAACAAAACAAAACCAGAUAAAAAGCAACCAGAAUGAACUGGAUGAGUAAAAACCUGAACCUGAAGAAAUGCUCCAGCUUGCAAUGGGUGGACCAGAGCCCUGAAAGAAGUUGGAGUGCUUCUGACCUAUAGACGUGUGGGCAGAAAUCCCAAUCCUGUGGCACACCCUAGAAAAACAUGAAGGUCCCAGAAAGGGUCAGUACUGCACUGUCAGCCAGGUAUGUAUAAGAAUGUGCAAACUCAGAGAAGAGAGAAAAACAGACUCAAAACAAGGGGAAAGACUUCACUAUAUCCAAACUGACUGGAAAAUAAGACCAAUGCUUUAACUUCAGAACUUAUUAACGUAGGGCAAUAAAGGAUAGCAAGAGGUGACAAGAAAAGGGGUAGGAAAAGAAUAAACUGAAAGCUGUACUCCCACAGUCUUGAAUUAAUGAAAGAUGUUACUGAAUUAAAGAGUAGUUAAGAAAUUUA